GCACGCCAGCAUCUAGCCACAGUUCGGUCUGGCAUCAUUGCUUGCUAGCGCGCCGACCCUGAAGCUGCGUUCGGGCAAAGCAACCGAUUCAUAUUCACAGGAUUUUAUAACACUGCUAGGCAACGCCGUACGCAGACAGAUCAGCGUACAGCACAGGAAAAUCAAGAUUUGGAUAGAAUAAUUCGACAGGAUAGACAACGAAAAUUGGCUUGUGCACGCCGGCGCACCUCAAGGCGGGACAGGUGUGCUGAGAACGUUUAAUUGCUUGUAAGCACUUCUUCAAUCAGCAUACGUCGGCGGCAUGCGUUCUCAUCUGUACCGUUCCGUUGAAACUGCUUCUACGCAGACGACGUUUAUACGACCAACUGCUGUUUUUGUCACAGCGUGCAGCAGCACAACAGCUCUGUACGCCCCGAUACCGAGUUACAGUCGAUAAAGUCGGCACCAACGCUGGUGGGAUCCCGUCGGUGGCAAUCAAGACGCUCUCUUGAUAGUGUAAUUUAUCUUUCUUCUGUGAAGACAAGUGUCGCUCAGUCAGCCAAGGGCGAUUCGCGGGCGACUAGUCCGUAACAUAUAGGCAGGCAAAUGCGCAUGAGGUUGGCCUGUUUUUACCACGUUACGCUAUAUCGUUUGCCGUGUGUAAACGGAGUAACUCGGCGAACAACAGAAUUAGUAUGUGCCCGUGAGUUACUCGCCAGUCGUGGUGAGUGGUGAUACUAAGUUGCUGAUAAUGCAAGUUGGCAUCAACUUUUCUGUGAAUGUGCUCCCAAAAAAGGGAGCAAUUUAAGAACUGAGAAGCAAUACAACAUUGUAUAGUCGAAGAGGAACAGUGAAGUAGGCCUUCGAAGGAAGCACUGCAUGAUGGCGACCGUAAGCCCCGUAGAAAAUGGCAACAACAACAGGAGUAUUCAUGGUUUCCUGGACGCCAACGUAUACGCGACGAAAAAAUCGAUUGCACAGGGCAUGCUUGAUGUCGCCCUGCUCACCGCCAACGCGUCACAACUCAAAUACCUUCUGCAGGUGGGGCACACGCACGAGUUCUACACGAUUAUGGUUUCGCUUAUCUCCACCUCCAUUAUUCUUCAGAUCUUGAUCGGCUUCGUUCUCGUAGUGAAAUAUCGUUUCAACAUCAACAAGGAGCAUCAGCAGUGGUGGGCAGAUUUCCUCAAUAAUGUGCUUGUCUGGAUGAUUUUCGCCGCAACGAUCUGCAACGUUUUCAUUUCGGCAUUUGGCAUCGAACCCGCACUCAAAAAGGAGACCGGCGCUGCAAAAACGUUGCAGCCGACGGAAAACGCUUAAAUAGAGAGUUCGACAAUCGCAUGUAUGAGUGCUACGUAGCGGAACGUUAUUCCGCCAGAAUGCAUAAUGCUCAUGUAAACAAUACCAACAUGCCCCAGCUGCGAGAGAAACUACCUUACAAAGUAUAUCGUUCCGUCAAGUCACUAUGCAUACCCUCUCUAUAGUACGCUCCAUAGGCUACUGAUUUUAUCUACGUAAAUAAGUGCGUUCAAGACGACGUAUUUUCCGACUAGCAGAGGGCAGAAAAAUUAAUUUUACUUAAACCCACGAAACACAUGAAUGGCGUUUCGAGUCGUAGAGUUCGAUCUCGUUGUGCUCCAUAACUUAAAGGGAACCAUUUACACUUCCUGACAUUGAUGUGUUUCUACCAAGUUAACCAGCGCAAGUAAAUAAUUUACGCCUGCAAGAUAAGCAAAAAUUUGGAUUUGUUGGUGCUCUAGGCAUUACGCCAUGGUCCAGACCGACGCAAACGGAUGACACCGCCCGUUAGUAAACGACAAAGUUCGCUUUAGCCAAUUCAUAAUUUUACAUAAGGUUAAGCUGACAAAUAUGUGGGGCCAGAGGUUCUGCCCAAAAAUACCACCCCAUAAAUAAACAGAGGCACUGAAAAAACAACGUAUAAGCCGGGCAGAGCUUUGUACUCAGCUUUCAUCAAACGGGGUGCUUAAAUCUGAGGCGGGGGAGGUGUUCAGUCCUAUAUAAUUUCGUUAGAUUCUGUAAUUUAUCGUCGAUAAUUGCCUAUACAUUUUCCAAAGUUAUGUGUAAAUUUGUAUUAUUUUCAAUUACUUAUAUUGUUUCCUCAGUUAUGAAAAAAAUUCGUUAAGUUUUUUUGAAACCUUUUUGUGAAACCAAAUUUUGUGUUGACUAUAUCACAAUUGGUAUCUAAAGUAAAAGCAUUCUUCGGCUGUCGAGGCACCGAAGCUUCCUGUCACAACUACCGCAAGACUGGCAUCAGCCUUUAACUUGCUGCUUAAUAAUAAAUAAUAGCUUCGGUGUAUAUGAUUCUCAUAAAUAUCAUCAUUCAAAACAUACAAGAAUAGCUUACCGUUGUUAUAUAUGUGUAUGAUUUUUUUAGAAAAACAUUACGUCGAAUUACAGCGCUAUCUCUCUUUCAUUACAGAUUUUGGUAGGCGCGUUCAUCGUAUUGGUGGGAACUGUCAACUUA